GUAAAAGCCGAGAUGGAGUAGCUUAGCUUAUGACAUCCCCGAGGGACAUUACAUAGCGCUUAGUUAAUAGAAAUAAAGAAUAGGGGUAUAGAGAAGUUUAAAGGCCUCUUAAAUGCUCUAGAGUUGCUUGAUAACUUAUAUUAAUGUAUAUCUAGGUUAUUGAGCUCACUUCAUUCUCUUAUUUCGUUACACAUACCUAUACACGCACAGCAUCACUAACACGCAAACUCAUUAACCAUGGUCGAAUUAAACGGGACGUCUGAUGGCCCCCCAUCCUUCUUACUACACGUAGACUAUCUCAUCAUAGGAACCGGACCUGCGGGCGGCGCCUUGGCAGCCUUCAUGGCUUCGUAUGGGAUGAAAGGUCUCAUCGUAAGCCAAGAUCCGAGUAAUGCUGAUACGCCGAGGGCUCAUAUCACCAAUAUGCCUGCAUUGGACUGUCUCCGGGAUAUUGGACUCGAUAAAGAGUGCUAUAAGGCAGGAACACAGAAUGAUUCCAUGCUACACACUCGUUGGUCCAAUACCAUGGCCGGCCAGGAAUAUGGUCGUAUAUAUUCUUGGGGAAAUGACCCGAAGCGAAAGGGGGAAUAUGAGCUUGCGAGCCCGUCAAAGAUGUUGGAUCUACCUCAGACUUUACUGGAGCCGGUGUUGAUGCGAUACGCGACGCUUAACGGCUUCAAUUGUCGGUGGGACACCGAGUUCGUAUCAUUCGAGCAGGACGAAAAAGGAGUAACUACAACAUUGUUGGAUAAGCUCUCCAAGACUACGUUUCAAGUUCGCUCCAAGUACCUCUUUGGCGCCGACGGGGCGCGAAGCAAGAUCGUGCAGCAGGCCGAAAUCCCCCUAAUACGUCGUCCAGGCCAAGGAUUCGCAGUGAACGUGCUAAUCGAGGCGGAUAUGUCGCAUCUCAUGGAGCAUCGCAAGGGUAACCUUCACUGGAUCGUACAGCCCAACCUUGAGACCCCUGAAUGGAGUUGGAUUGGGUGCAUGAGGAUGGUUAAGCCGUGGUACGAAUGGUUAUGCAUUAUAUUCCCCACCCCCAACGCGCCGAGGGAGGUAAGGUCGAAUGAAGAAUACAUGAAACGUGUUCGCGAGAUGAUCGGGGACGAUUCAGUUGAAGUCAAAAUAUUGGGCGUGUCUAGCUGGGCUAUUAACGAGAUCGCCGCGGAGUACUACUCAAAGGGCAACGUGUUCUGCCUAGGUGACGCGGUACACCGGCAUCCACCGAAUCACGGCCUUGGGUCAAAUACUUGCAUCCAGGACGCACAUAACCUCGCAUGGAAGGUCAACUACGUGGAUAAAGGGCUAGCAGGACGAGAGCUAUUGGAGAGUUACAGCAUAGAGCGUCAACCAGUAGGACUGGAUGUAGUUACUCAGGCAAAUGAUACUCUAAGAAACCACAGGAAUAUCUGGGAAGCCCUCGGCAACAUAGAGCCGACAGUAGAAGCUCGCAUGAAGGCUCAUGAUGAGAUCUAUGCCGACUCACCAGAGGGAAGUACUCGCCGAGAAAAGCUAGCCAAAGCAUUCCGGGAAAAUGACAAAGAGGAACACGGUCUCGGCGUCGAGAUGAACCAGCGCUAUGUCUCGUCGGCAGUGUACCAAGCGGAUCAAGGCCCAACGCCAGCUUUCACCAGAAAUCCGCUACAGCACUACCAUCCCACCACGUAUCCCGGCGCGCGUCUACCGCACGUGUGGCUGGGAAAUCACACGCCGUCCAAGUACAUCUCUACCAUUGACCUAGCCGGAAAGGGGCAGUUCACACUGUUCACGGGCAUUGGCGGCCAGCACUGGAAGAAGGCGGCAGAGCAGCUAUCUUCCGAGCUCGGGGGGGUACCGAUUAAGGCUUAUUCUAUCGGGUACGGACUAGAUUACAAGGACGUAUAUCUCGACUGGGCGGGCAUUAGGGGCGUUGAGGAGUCUGGCUGUGUGCUUGUGCGGCCGGACUACUUUGUGGCUUGGAGGAGUCCGGAGUGGGAAGAAGACUCGCCUUUAAAGUUGAAGCAGGUGUUGAAAUCUGUGUUGUCGCUUCGUUGAUAGCGUUUACUCAACAUUUUUGUACGUUGUAGUUACAAAUAACUUGGUAUUCAU